GGCAGUCAGAGAAGCGCAGUCAACGACUGCACUGCGUUCAGCCUCUCUCACGUAUUCCAAUUAACUAAUUUUCCGAAUAAUUAUUUAUCAUCAAUUAACAGUCAUUAUUCUAAUCGUGGGAUAAAUCAACGAUAAUCACCCGUCAGUUUUUAUUUACUCUUCGAGGGAGAGUUAUAAGUUGUUGUGGUGUGGAGACUUUGCGUUUUUGUUCCAUCAGGACUUCAGUGUGUGGAGAAAUUAAAUGUAAUUUUAUUGUGAUUUUCAAGUAAAUAAACUGUGGUGAUAUCGAAUUCAAGGCGUCCCCUUAAGGCAGUCAACUCGGAAACUCGAUUAAUCACGUCUAAUUAAUCACGCCCACGUUACUGGACCAGUGAAUUAAUUAUUCAAAUUAGAAAGGACGCGGUGGGACCAUAUUCAAUUGCCACUGGAGAGGGUAAAGGAUUGAAUUGGCAACUGGUGGUGAGUUGGAUGCUCCUUGCAGUGGUGAUGACAGCAUUGGAUUAAUUGAAUCUAAUGCGGUGGUAGGUGCUCUCGGAUAGAAUGUUCCACGGAAGUGGAAGUGGUGGGUACGGAGCGGGCACCGACUACCAGACACAACAGUCCCAGCAACAGCAACAACAGCACAAUCAGCAACUCCAGGCGCCGGUUUAUGUGCCGUCCUCCAGGCCGGCUAUUCCAACAGCAGCCACGGCGCAGUAUCACUCCUUUCCUGGUUCUGCUUCACCCGCAUGGGAUAAAACGGCAUCCUGGCAGCAUGGAGUCGACGGUUACACGCAUCAUGCUCUGGCAGGACACACGGGUGGUUCUCCAGGGGGAAUGGGAGCCCAUGGAGCCCACAGUCAUCCCCAUUCAUCCCAUCCCCACACAGCUCACCCUCAUGCCACCCUGGCAAGUCCAUUUUACGCGCAAAAUGUUGCGAUGAUGUCCUCCCGGUGGCCUUACGAAUCCGCCGGAUUUCAACGCGCCUCGCCGUACGAUACAGCGAUGGAUUUUCAAUUCGCGGAGGGGCGGGAGUGCGUUAAUUGCGGUGCCAUUUCCACCCCAUUGUGGAGAAGAGACGGGACCGGACAUUACUUGUGCAAUGCCUGUGGACUUUAUCACAAAAUGAAUGGGAUGAACAGGCCGCUGAUCAAACCAUCAAAACGCCUCAUCUCCGAAUUCCAGACGGCGACGAGACGACUGGGUCUGUGCUGUACCAAUUGCGGAACCAGGACAACGACACUCUGGAGGCGUAACAAUGAAGGAGAGCCGGUUUGCAAUGCCUGUGGUCUCUACUUCAAGUUGCACGGGGUAAAUCGCCCAUUGGCAAUGCGAAAGGAUGGAAUACAGACGCGUAAGCGAAAGCCCAAGAAAACACCUGAACCAAAUGCACCACGAUCCACUGGAACCGAUCACGAGACUUCGACAUCGACCACUUCGUCUCCGUCGAAUGAUUUGAAAAGCAGUCAGCAGCAGCCUCAGCAUCACCAGAUAGAAUCAACAAAAUCCUCAUCAUCAGUAUCAACCGAACGUCCGGUUUAUCUCGGUCACACAUCAUUACUGGCAACUGGAGGAGUGCCAGCAGUAAAAACCGAGCCGCGAAGUUGCGACGGACUAGUCGGACAGCCAUACUCAUCGUACUACCAGCAUCCCCAUCAGCUCGAUCCACCAACUAGUGAGCACCAACAGCAGAAUUAUUACCAAACCCAAGAGACUUCGUACCAUCAUCAGCACCACGUAGCAACAGCUGCAAAACUUCUCGCGUCAUCCUAGGAAAUUACCCCCCCAUUCGAGAUUUUGCUAUUACUAUUGGAUAUUUGUUCCGGCACUGGGAAAAAUUUAUAGUAAAAUUUAUCCUGACGUACAAAAAUUUGAGUUUGGCAACAAUCCGAAAUCGAAUUAUCAUUGCAUUCAAUCGACAGUCAUAAUUGCAACAAAAAUGAUUCUAUUAUUGUUAAUGAUAUUAUUAAAAUGUUAUUAUUUUGAUUUUUUAGGGGUAUCUUAAUAAUUGUAUUAAAUUAUUAUAAUAUUUAAUUACAAUUGUGCUCGCGAAAACUCCACGAAGAUAUUCCCAUUUUUUACAACAUUAUCAGAAUGGAUUUAACUAUAAAUUUUUCUCUGUGUAAUUAAUUAAUUCUUUAGUGUCCUGUUGAAGGAGUACUUUAUGUGUGAUACUUAAGUUAUUUAUGCACACGCGAUACAUCGAUACGGAUGCGUCUGAGUAGAUCAUUUUUUUACAUUUUUUUAAUGUUUCGUCUGUAAAUAUUGCAGGAACAGUUCAACGUAGUAGACAUUAAUCAUUGAUAAUUAUUAGAUUAAUCACCGAUCAAUUGAAAAAAAAAAUGCACCUGUAAAUAAUACUUCAAACUUAUCAUUAGAUUCCACCUUAUUCCGAUGAAUUUUGAUUUAAGAUAAUUA